GAGCUUGGGUGGUGUCCAUGACAACAGCGCGCGCGCAUGCCUGCGUAGUGGGCCCCUGACUCGUGCUUAUAAGUGGGCGUGACUCACCACGCCUCCCCUCCUCCUCUCCCUCCGCCUCCGUCAAUGUGGGCGGGCCUUACGCGGAAGCGAGGGAGCGAAACACAACACCCGGAGGACUGAGCGAGGCGUGACGGGGCGAGGGGAGGGGGCGGGACGGAGGAAGAAGAAGAAGAAGAAGAAGACGAAGAGUGGCGUGAGCGCCAGAGAAGAGGCUGGUAGAGAGAGAAAAAAAAGACUCCGUCAGGAGCGAAGUCUUGGUUUGGGGAAGUAACGUCAAAGCUCGGCGGCAACAUGUCGAACAGUGACGAAGAUGCGACCGAAGCGGAGUAAGAAGCAGUACUCGCCGCUGCAGAGUUUGCCAAAGAAGUUACUGGAAGACUGAAAGGGCUUUUCUGCUUGAGUCGGGACGGUACUUCGGACGGUCGACCGCCUCCCCCCUCCUCAACUUUGAGGGGACGAGAAAUAGAAGAAGCAGCCAAUCUCCACCACCCGCUGUACGCCCGGACUCCAAACGACGAGUUCAACUGCGAGCGAGCCCCCUCGGUCGGCUUCGCGCCACAAGUUGUCCCGGUUUAGAGACUGAGGAAAAGGCCAGACCCCAGUUGACGGAGUUUCUCCAACUUUUACACAUAAAGAAUGAAGACACCUGGAGAUAGCGGGUUCGCCUUCCCAGACUGGGCCUACAAGCCGGAGUCGAGCCCGGGAUCCAGGCAAAUCCAGCUGUGGCACUUCAUCCUGGAGCUGCUGAGGAAAGAGGAGUACCACGAUGUCAUCGCCUGGCAGGGGGACUAUGGCGAGUUCGUCAUCAAGGACCCAGACGAGGUGGCCCGACUCUGGGGGGCCAGGAAGUGUAAACCCCAAAUGAAUUACGAUAAACUGAGCAGGGCACUGAGAUACUACUAUAACAAGCGGAUCCUCCACAAGACCAAAGGCAAGAGAUUCACCUACAAGUUCAACUUCAAUAAGCUGGUGUUGGUCAACUACCCCUUCAUCGAUAUGGGCUCAACUGGAAAUGGAGUCCCUCAGAGCGCCCCGCCUGUCCCAACCGGUGCAGGGACCCACUUUCGUUUCCCCCCAUCCGCGCCCUCGGAAGUCCUCUCCCCGAACGAGGACCUGCGCAGCCCCGGAGGCCUGUACAGCUCAGUAACCCGCCGGGUGGCACGCGGCUCCGUGAGCGACUGCAGUGACGGCACCUCCGUCAAUUCUGAGAUAGAGGAUGGUAAUACGGGAGCGGGGGAGGAGAGGGGAGAGAGGGUAGUGAGUGGAGGAGGACCCGGUGUUGGAGGAGGAGGCUACAGGAGCAUCAUCCAUCCGCGCUUGACUCAUGAAUCUCUGUUCCGGAUCUACGGAGGAGCGGGCAACACUGGUGGUCACCCGGGCUCCCGUGGUCCUGCCGGUCACCGUAUCCACCCUGAGCCUUUGUCCCCCUUCCCUGUGUCCCCGCUGCCUGGGCCAGGGGGAGCAGGGCUCUUGGCUCCCCCUUUGUCCCCAGCACUCAGCAUGGCCCCCACAUCUCACCUCUACACUCCCUCACCCACCCUGUCCCCCAUGCUGGGCUCCCACUUCUCCUUCAACCCAGAGGACAUGAAGCGCUACCUGCAGGCCCACACCCAAUCGGUUUACAACUACGGGCUCAGCCCGCGAGCGUUCCUGCAGUACCCCAACAUCGUCAUCCCUCAGCCCCAACGGCCCGCCGCCGACAAGGUGGGUCUGAGCAGCGACCGAGCGGCGGCGGAGAGAGCGGCGGUGGGAGAGAGGGGAGGCGAGCGCCACCACCACACCCCUCUGUCUCACCCCACCCACCACCACCCCCAUCCGCCUCACUCUGCCCAUCCUCAUCCCCAUUCGCACCCCAUGCACCACACACUCCACCUGGGUGAGGAGCCCCCACACUUGUCGCCCUUCAAGUUCAAGCUGCAGCCGCCGCCGCUGGGCCGGAAGCAGAGAGAUGGACAGAGCAAAGCCAGACAGAGCUCGCUCUCCUCAGGCUCGGGAUCCGGGUCCAUGUCGUCCACCUCUGGCCUCGGCUCCUCACUGUCGUUUGGCAGUGACCUGAGUUCUGCAAGCGGCUCUGGCCUCAUCUCUGCCUCCUCCUCAACGCAGUCCCUCAACAGUGCAGGCCUUCCCAAGAUAAAGGUGGAGCCCAUCUCAGACAUCGAGUCAGAGGAAGAGGUAGAGGUGACUGACAUCAGUGAUGAAGACCCUGACGAACGAGAUGAAGACUUUGAGCUCUUUGCACCUCGCCUCUCUAGAGCCUCAAACCACCACCACCUUUCUAACGGCUCAGCCGCCCACCCCCAUCCGUCCCAUCCAGAUGAGGACCUGGACGAGGAUGUCUUCAAAGCCCCUGCCCCACCUCCACCCGGCCUCAUGCCCUUCUUCAGCUCACAGCACGGCUACUCCAACGCUCACCGCGGGCCACCCACCCUUAAGACGGAGCCCAGUGAGCCAGCAGACGGGAGCCCUCCCCCGCCCCAGACGGCAGCUCACCAGACCAAGUGCAUACCACUCAAGCUGCGCUUCAAGAGGCGCUGGAGCGAAGACCAGCGCAUGGAGGCCUCGCAGGAGGAGUCGGACGACAAGAAAGUUCGGCCACAAGAGCAGAGGGAAAGUCAAAGUAACGGGCGUAUGGAGAUGAAGGAGGAGGGCACCGGCAGUGGGGAGGGUGACAGCCCCCCUCCAUUGGCAUACGAGAGCUCUUUGGCCACUCGUUUGGCCUCACAUCGGAAGGUGAGUGCUGAGCUGCAUCGUGCUACAGCGCAGCUGUCUCUGGAGAACAAAGACUGCUGAUGGGAUGGGACACAGGAGGAUCUCUAAGAGCUUAUAAACAGUUGCUCUGUCAUUCCUCUGACGUACAUGAUUCCCUGAAUUCUACACCUUUGUACACCUCAAAAACCGCCUUACUAUGACUCUGCCAGAUCCCCCAACAAGUUCUCUGGAUUGGGUAUUCUUUUGGGACGCUCAUUUGGGAGGAAGGAUACUGAGAUUCAGCCGUCCCAGGCACUGUAAAGCCAUGUUUCCACUGAGCAGCACGGUUCAGUUCAGCUCGUCAUGGUAUGUUGUGGAGCUGUAAACCAUCAUCUGGCUUUUCUGUGUGUGUAGGUAGCUAGGUCAGUUAUGUAUGUCUCUCGACCUAAUCCAAGGUUUUGCAUUUAAUUCCUGAUGUCGCAACCAUUCUUUAUGUGUCUAGGUCUACUCUUUGGAGACCUUGCGCCAACGGACAGUUGCCUAAAAGUGGUCCUUUACCACCAGAAUCCUAUGUACCAAAACGAGCUGAAUUGAACAGCAUCACUUGGUGGAGAAUGGCAUGAACCGGGCUGCAAUCAGAGAGAGAUAGAGACUCCUUCUAGGAUCUUUACCUCCCACCUGGCCAGUGAUGCUCUAAAGUGCACCUCCCGCCUUUGGAAACCCACCCCCUAUCUGUCAGUUUUCCUCAGGGGACCCAUUUUCCCUUUAACCUAUACCCACCGCCUCCCUUAACCUGCGAUGCUACCACAUGUGAAUAGAGGACUUUGACAAGUGCCUGUAUUGACAACUCCUCAGCUCCAGAUGCAGGACUUGUAUCAAUUCAAGAAAAUGGAUGAACAGGAAUGUGGGUCUUGAAGACUGGAGGGCGGGGCUGUUGGGUGCCGACAUCUCUUAAAACCCCAGCCCACUCCACUCAGGGAAGCCUGUCGCUGCAUGUUUAUUGGACUCAUGUACAAAAACAAACAAAAGAGCCAGCUGUGAAAUGGACUUGUGGUUUCGGAGCUCCCUUCCUGCUUUCUCCCUUCUGUCUCUUUUGCGGACCACUGAGAACAUCCAAGCCCAAGCAGCACAGAAGCCGUGUUCACCAGCCUAAGCUUGUCUAACAAUCAUAGCAACACACGAUAGUGUUAACGUCGACCAGCACAUCACACACAAACAUGCACGACACUGCCUUUGGCUCUUUGACACGUUCUCCCCUUUCGCUCUUUCUCUUUAUUCGGAACUCUUUCACCUACGUGUGCGUCUAAGCCAGGGAUGUGUGAUCAAAAUGCGUUGUGGCAGAAGACUUCAAGGGAGGCGCAGCAACUUGAGAAAAAUAAAGAAAACCAAGCAAAAGCGAACCUGCUAAGCUAACUUUACAAACACGUCAAAGGCAAAAUGAUUGGAUUUUUAUUUGCUCACUGUGCCACACUUUGAAACCCCUGGUCUAACUUCUCCUGGGAUAUUAAAGAAUGUUGCAUUUUGUUUGUAACAUGAGGCAGAGCCUCGUACAGUUGUCCCUCACUCUAUCGUGGUUUUUCAAAAACGAAUGAAUAAAUGAUGACGCUGUUUCAUGGUUGACAAUGGCCUGGUAUUAGUCCAAAAAUAUUGAAGGACAAGUUAUACGUCAUAUUCUGGGCACUAGGCAUCAGUAAUGUUACAGUAGCGAGACAUUACAUUGUAGUACAUUACCUUAACACUGCGUGGAGUCAGCCAUGGCAUGUCCGACAUGAGAGAGUGAAAAAACUCUUCCCAUUCUGUGUGGAAGUGGUAAGAUUUUGGCUUCAUAUUUGUCCUCGGUCUCCGCUCUGUUACCCAACAAUGUUAAAAAACAUUUAGAAUGUCAUAAAAAGGUUUUCGUAGGCACCAGCAUGCCCGCAACCCUAAAGAGGAUCAGCGGCAUAGAAAAUGGAUUGAUGGAUAUAUAAAAAGGUUUUUUAUGCUCCAACCACGAAAAUAUUCCAUUUAUUAAUAUUGAAUCCGAUUUGACGGAAAUGCAGUAAUCACGGUCGGGUCUGGAACCAAUUAACCACGAUAAACGAGGGACGACUGUAUUUCUUCUUGUUGUGUGGCUUAGCAGAAGCAUCCCUGGUGGUGUAAUGGCGCAUGAACGGCAGAACGCAUGGGUUCGAUUCCAGCGUGAAAACGAAAUCAAAACCAUUUUUGCAAUUGACUCCUAGCGACUCCUGACGGGGAAAAGAUGAUCAGUUGCAAAGAUUUGCCCUCCCACACUUAAGUAUGGGCCUUUCGUGGCCUUUGACAUCUCUGCAGGCCACGUGAGUGACUGCGUGUGUGACGGGAAGAGCUAAACGUUGGUUUAGGGUUUCGAUUUUUAGUGAAGCAGCCAUCUUGUCUUCAAUAUGAGCAGUUCCUAUGAGGUCCAAUCUGUCCUUCAUGGCCCUCGUCAUUGUUCCUGGCCAUACAGGUACGUGUGUGUGUGUGUGUGUGUGUGUGUGUGUGUGUGUGUGUGUGUGUGUGUGUGAGAGCUCGGCGUGUCUUUCCAGGACUGGGACCAGUUAGCAUAAUGCUCCAAAGUUUGCAGCAGGUCAGGACAGAAGGUAAAAGGGAAGAGAGCAAGGUGUUAAGGGGUUAAUCAUUAGUGUAAGACAGUGUGUCCUCCAAUACCCUCUGCUCAUUCUAUGCACACAUACAUACAGCAUACAACCCAAUGGUGUGGUUAAAAUGCUUUGGCGUACAUGCUAACGUACUUUUUGAUACAUAUGCAGUAUCCUCGUAGUUUUAUAAUAGAGAAAAGGUCAAUAACUUAUGGACAAUUAGUGGCUAAGUCUUGGCCGUGGAUGAAGGGUGUAUCUGAAUCACACGUCUUCCAAAGCAUUUUGACCACCACCCAUGGGGGCACCACAAAUGUCAUUGACAUGUGGGGAAAUCAGAAAGACACUCUUAACAGUCCCACCAUAUUUGACACUGUCCCGGUGCAGACAGCUCUAUAGAUGGACGGCCUCCAGGCAGUCUGUGUAGCUCAGCUGAUCAAUUUACUCAUCAGAUCACACGCAUGCACACACACACACACACACACACACACACUCCUCCGUCUGUAUGUAACUAACGGCUGCCUUAUUACUGACUUUUUUCCUACCCUAGUCCAAAAAAACAGCACAAACAACAGAAUAAAGUUUUCUUAGUUUAUUUUUCUGAUGUUAAUAUUGCUCUUAAAGCCCCACCCCCCUUCCUCGACUUGGCAUUAUUAUUACUACUACUAUUAUUAUCACUUUUUAUGUUGUGUACAUCACCUCUCCCUCCUCAUCGAUCCCAGCGGUUUUUACUGUUGUAAUAUAACUAAAAUGUGUAAUUAUUCAUUUGGAAAGCAGAGCGGUUUCAUCUUUUUUUAAUUAUCAUUUUUCUUUUCUGGCUUUUGUAUAUUUUAUUCCUUGGGGCAGGGAAGAAGGUUGCAUCAUUUUUGAGAGAAAAGACGUGUAUUGUUUGUAAAUGUCCUAUCUUCUUUCACCUCGUCUCCCCCGAGCUGUUACGUAACACUCCGAUGGAGAGAUGAGAGUUAAUACUGUGACGUAACAUCGCAUUUCUAACCCCCCCCCCCCCCCCCCCCCCGACAUGAGUUGUUUAUUUUUUUUCCUCCCUUUGCCCAAACUUGUAAUUAAGUUGUAAUCAGGGUUAAUUAAAACCAGUUAAAACCCCAAACAUUGGCUAUUACUGUUUGUUUAUGUCUGCUUGUCUUGUUUAUAUGCACGUGCAUUGUCAUUAUUAUUGCUAUUAUUGUUAUUCCUCCCCAGUCAGACAAUGAAAUUUAAUUACCCAGAUUUUUAUAAACAAAUGGAUUAACCCCUGACCUCUUUGUUUACAUAUACAGUGCUAGUUUGCUUCAUAACGUUAUUCUGAAGGGGCAAAUUGAUGAAAAUGUGGGAUAAUAUAUAGAGUAUAUACUGUAUAUUGCAACAUCCACAGCUUUGCAUCAUGUAGUUAAUACUGUGCCGCUCACAAGCCUGGGAGUAAGAAGUUACGAUUUAUUUAGCAAGCAGAGUAACCACAGAGCUCACGGUGAACGUACCAGCGCCAUAGAAAUCGCGGGGGGUUAUCAUCCCGCAUACCAUUCUUACCAUAUGCAUACCAUACGCGAGCCUGGUGUGAUGGGAGCAUUCAUAGUUUACAGGUGUAACUUCGGUAUCACGUUAUCUUAUCAUGUGAAUUGUGUCUGAGCUCAUUCCUGCAGUCCAUUCAAACUUAGUUGUCCUCUCAGCAGGACGUUGUCUGUAGCAUGGGUGUGACGAACAUCGCCAGAGGAAGUCACUCUGGGGUGUAAGCUACCCCCGUGGACAAGACUGCAUCGAGGAACUGAUCAUUUUCCCUUAAAAUAUAAUUCAUUUGCACACAGUGAAUUAAGAGUGUUGACGUAAUUCAUUUGCAUUGCUAUGGAGGAUAAAGACUGGUGGUCAGGAAGCCUCUCUGGGGAGGACAUCUGCAGCCACGCACGCUGUACUGUCUGUUUCUGUACGAUGUCUGACCUCGUCUGCAAAACAAAUAAACUGCGCAAACUCCCUGUCUUUAUUUCAGGCAUUAUCUUUUCUUAAGAAAUCAUUUUUUUCCACAACACCUCGAAGGAUGUUGCUGUUAAAAAAUGUAAUGUUAGCACUGUGGCUCACAUGUACGACGGAGUAUUAGGGCCACAUCGGGAAAAAAAAAUAGCAAGCUGAGAUUUUGAGAAUAAAGUCGUACAUUUCUGAGAAAAAAAAUCGCAAUAUUAUGAGAAUAAACUCGUAAAUUUAUGAGAAUAAAGUCGUGACAUCACAUGUCAUACGUGUCAGAGGGAAAAUAGAGCAUCGCUCUUCGGGAAGGAAGGAAACUUUCCUCUUGGUUCAGGCAAGCUUUUAUUUAUAACGUGGCAGCAAAACAGCAGUUGAGCACAAACAGAUUAGCAUGUCUCGCCCUUCUCAGGUCCGCCUUCCUUACCCGUCCCCUUUACGACUUUAUUCUCAAAAUCUCAGAUUAUUUUAAUACUCCGUAACAGGCAUUGCCAGAGACAGCUAUGAAAAGCGGGAAAUUAUGUGACCCUUGGCCUUGGGCAAAGGUAAUAUUACGACUUUUUUUCUCAUAAAUUUGCGACUUUAUUCUAAUGAAUGUAUGGCUUUCUUUCUCGGAAAUGUACGACUUUGUUCUGGUAAAUUUACGACUUUAUUCUCGAAAUCUCUGAUUAUUUUAAUACUCCGUCGUAACGGGCGUUGCUUGUGACAGCUAUGAAAAGGGGGGACUUAUGUGACCCUUGGCCUUGGGCAAAGGUAAUAUUACGACUUUUUUUCUCAUAAAUUUACGACUAUUCUUGAAAUCUCCGAUUUUUAACAUUUUUUAUGUGGUCCUAAUACUCCGUCGUACACGUAUCUAUGCCAGUGUUGCCAACACACAUGGCAUUUCGUUAGUUCAACACCCAAAUCUUCAUGUUUGUUAUUGCGGUUUUAUUACUGUGCUGUUUCUCAUACUUUCCUUUCUUUGCAUGAAAGACGCAAAAUAUUAGAAACACCUCUCAGUCACUCGGCGCACUCCGGCUUCCUCUCCACGGCCUCCGCUUUCGUGGAAACAUACGACGCCCACCUUGCAGGUAACCGCCACACGUACAAUUAACACGAUGCAUGCAAGGACAGCACAUUUGUUGGAAGAGCGCCGAUACGGUGACAAGAUAGACAUCCUUUGCUAGUUCGCCACUUCCUUCAAAGGGGGAAAAAAAACACAUUGCAAUUCUUUGUCACGUUAGUCGUGCGACCACAAUGUUGUGGUGUGUGUUUCCUUUUUGACUGUCUGACAUAACAACACUGUUUUGUGACUUUUUUUUUUUAACUGUCAAAACAACUCGUACUCAUUUUGUUUUCAAUGUCUCCCCCUGUUGGUGAUACACAGAGUUGCAGCCUUGUCGAAGCUGUCAUGACGACUUACUUCAUACGUGCUUCAUACCUCAUACUCGUUUUCAUGGGGGGCCACAUCGCAGUUAUGGCUGCCCUCAGAGGGCCACGUGUAACUAUGAAUAUGACCUUUUUCUAUUACACCACAAAUUGAUGGGCAACUUGCAUUGAAGUGAAAAGUGAGAAUGUCAAGGUGUUCAGCAGACAUUCUUGUAUUUAUUUUUGACAACAAAAAGUGCUGGGACUGUCUUGUUGCACGAUCAGAUAACACUGAAGUUUAGAAGAAUGGCACGCGGGACAGUUUUUCUGUCAAAAGGAAAGAACAAAUACAUUUAGAAGGUAUAAAAAGGCAAAGUGCAUUAUUGACGCGCGUUAUUUCCAGGCUUCCGCGGGCCACAUGCAAUGAUGCCUUGAGUUUGACACGAGCGACAUACUUAAAAAUGAAGUUUACUUAUUAAAGUCGUCCACUGGUUUUAGUUGAUUACUGGCAAUAACCUCUAGAUUAUAUUAUUUGUAUUAUUUUAUUUGAAUUCUAUAUUUGUAUGUAUAUAUUUUGGUUGUAUUUUCAAUGUAUUAUGACAGUUUAAUUUAGUUAUAUUUAUAUCUAUUUAAGUUAUAUUAUUUGAUUUAGUUUUAUAUUUUUGUAUGUAUAUUGUAUUUAUUGAUUCAUAUUUAGGUGUUAUUUUUGUCCAUUUUUUUGUGUUAGCUGACUGUGCGCAUGUAAAAGGAUAUUCAUUUACAGAAAAUACAUGAUUUUAGACGUUAUUUGUAUAUUUCAUUCAAAUAUAUAUUUAUGUAUUGCUCUAUUUAAGUUAUAUUUCAUCAUAGGUUUUAGCUGAAGUGUGGAAAGGGCACAAGUAAAUGAUUAGAAUCAUUUGAUGUGAUACAUAUUUAGGUUUUUUGUCAGAUGAGCACAAGUAAGAGUUCAUUUUAUUGUUACGUAUUUGACUAUUAUUUUAAAAUGUGUAUUUGUUUCAACGUUCCAGGUUCUGAUGUUUUAUUUUUUAAAGCAAGGGUGAACAACCUGUAGUACGUCGGCCGUGUACGGCCCACAAGAGCAUUUAAUCAGGCUCGCCAUGUAGUUCUAAAAACCAAUAAAGCAUC